AUGAUUGGUUAUAUUUUUAUUUCUGUUACAAUUAUUGUAGGUAUUGGCGGUUACAAAAUAUUGGAAACUGGUUUUAUUACUGGUUCUCUUCCUGGUCAUACUGCUCCUGCUACAGAUGUCUCAUAUACUGAUGAUGGAUUUUACUGUCUUACAUUUAACAAUUUAGAAGCCAUAGUAUGGAACAUGUCGACAUAUGAUCAAAUUCACGUCUUAUCCUUAAAGGUCGAUUGUUUUAUAAAAAAGGUUCUUUUUAUACCGAUUACAAAUUACAUACUUGCCUGCUUUGAAGAUGAAACUAUAAAUGUAUGGCAGUUUGGAACUUUUGAAUGCAUCAAACAAAUUAUUCCUGAAACAUCAAAAACUCAGUACAUAAAAACAAUUGCUAUAUCUAAAAAUGGAAAAAUAAUGGUUAUCGGAGGUCAUACAGGUUAUUUAGUUAUUUAUUGUUUGGAAACUUGGGUUGUCAAAAAAAUUAUUGAAUUUCCUGAAAGUAUAUCAGGCGCAAAACAGCUUGAAUUCGUUCCUCAAGUUUUCGAUGGUGGAUCUAACGAUAUUUUAGCCAUAUUGACUACUUCUUUGGAAUUUUCUACGGGAAAAUAUUUUGCUUCUGUUUUGAAUGGUGGAAAAAUAAAUAUUUAUUUAACUGAAGUUGCUAUUACAAAAAAAGAUUGUUUAAAAAAAAAUUUGAAUGUUUUCACUGAAAAAACUGGUAGUGAAAUUAGUGAAUCACAAAAUUCAUUUAACCAAAUGAGAAAAACUCAAAAAUAUACUCAGUCUCUAAAUGAUGUGAGAAGUGAACUAAAAAAAGUACUUAGUCUUAAAAAACUUCAUCCUAUAUUGAAACAAUUUGGAGAAUUUCCAGAAUUCUAUAGAACUCUAAUUUGGAAGACUAUUUUACAAUUACCUGAAAACCAAGAUGCAUUUUUAAGUUUGGCAACAAAAACAUGUCAUCCAUCUUAUACUAAUUUAGAAGCAAAAUAUCCUUUGCAUAAUAAGUCUUUGUGUAACUCGUUGAAAAAAUUGCUUUCAAGUCUAUCAUAUUGGUGUCCACUUUUUGGGGAAGUUGAUUUUUUACCGGAAUUUAUUUUUCCAUUUGUUAAAUUAUUUCAUACUGAUCUUGUAGGUUGUUUUGAGACGGUUGCUACAAUUAUAGUUAAUUGGUGUCAAAAUUGGUUUGAAUUUUAUCCAUUUCCUCCGGUCAACAUGCUUUCUACAUUAGAAAAUAUACUCGGCCAUCACGAACCUGAUUUAUUGGAAUUUUAUUUAAAAAACGAUAUAACAAUUAACGUAUUUGCAUGUUCAAUUUUUCAUUCGGCUUUUUCUGAAGUAUUGUCAAAAACAGAUUGGCUAAGACUUUGGGAUCACAUUUUGUCUAACGAACCAUCAUUUUUAUUUAUGGCCAUCAUUGCAUACAAUAUAAAUUGUCGAAAUGCCAUAAAAUGUAUAAAAAACCGAAAUGACAUUGAGAAAUUUUUCAGAAGUCCAAAUCCGAUAGAUAUAACUAAAUUAAUUUCGAGAACGUAUAUUUUAUUAAAAGAAACCCCCGAUGAAAUUCACUGUCGACAUUUUUUUACUUCUUAUCAACCUCUUAGCUCCGGAGGAACUUAUGUAUCUUUUUUUGCCUAUCCAAAAUUGAUUGAUUCAAAUGUAACGAGAAUGUUAACAUUACGUAAAGAAGAAGAAGAAAUAAUUGCAGAACAAAUGAGAGCUUUAGACAUGAAAAAAAAACUAGAUAAAGAACUUUUGUUGAAACUUGAGGAAAGAAUAAAAAGUAUUGUCGAUGAAGAAGAAGAUAGAAUCUUAGCUCAAAGGCAAAAACUUGAAGAUUUAAAACAAGAACUUCGAUUGAAAGAAUUACAAUUAUUGGAAGGAACAAGGAAUAAAGUUUUAAAAAAAAAAGCUCAAAAAAAAAGAGUGGAAUUGGAUCGUUUGAUUAAAGAUAUAUCGAAAAAAAAAGCUUUAGAAAAAACCGAUGUUGAAUUAUUAGAAGAUGAAAAAAGAAAACAUUAUACAAAAAUAUUAAAAAAAAUGUGUCAACUUGAAUUAGAAUUAGGAAGUAAAGUUAUAGGAAGUGAUGUACAAAAAUCUCGAAUAAAAUCAAAUUUUACCUCAAGAGUUAGUAACAAACAAAAUGAGGAAAAUUCAAUAUCUGAAAAUUCAUUAAACACUUUAGAUGAAAAUAUAAAAAUGAAAAUUAAUCAAGAUGAGAGAAUUUCAAAAGAUAAUAAUAAUAAUAAUAAAAUGUUCACCUGUCAAUGCUCGCAAAAAUUAUUGGAAGAAUCGAGCAAAAAAAAAAAAAAAAAAAAAAAUUUAUUCGAAGGUUAUUCGUUUAAAAGUGAUAGCGAAAAUGAAAUAUUUAAAACAGUGUUGAGUAUCAGAAGGCAGCUACUGAAAAAUGGAGGAACAAUUCAACAACUUAAGUAA